CUACAAUUCCCAGCAUUCCCAGACAGCCGAAAAGAAAGCUAUAAGUUGAAACUGUAGCCGUGAAAAGCCUCCAUAUUGGGGGGCAUCUGUUUAUUGCAGUUUAUUGUCUUUUUGACAGGAGUAGAACGUAUGCAAACCUCUGCUUAUAAUAAAGAGGACCUUGCUCAGUUUGCGUCCCCUGCGGCAACAACACUGCAAUCAGAACGGAACCGCGCAGCGUCGAAACGAACUUGUUUAUGAAAAGAAUCUGCAUCUUGCGCACUGAGCCGCCUCUCUCAACAUGGCUGUCAGAUUCCGACACACUUACAACCAAUCAUCGGCGACUUCCUGUGCCGGCAGCAGCCUAUCAGCGAGAGGGUCUUUGUGAACUUUUAAAAGAAAAGUCCAAUGAUCCGCUCCUGGUAGGCGUGGCCUGGUCGUUCUACAGUCAAGAUAGGUGGGCUUGUCGGAGCUUGCCUGUGUGCCUGGUACAGGAGCCUGUCGGAGAGGCACAAGGGAAGGGACUGGGUGCCGAGAGGAGGAAGGGAACACAGCGGCAACAUGACUCUUUUGCUGUCCCAGGCUGUUCCCAGCAGCGCCUCCGGCAGCGUGGAGUCCCCGGGUUUUGGCUCGUGUGGACUAUUAUCAUCAUACUGAGCUGCUGCUGCGUUUGCCAUCACCGAAGAGCCAAGCACCGUCUCCAAGCACAACAGAGGCAGCAUGAGAUUAACCUGAUAGCUUACCGGGAAGCACACAGCUAUUCAACCGUGCCAUUCUAUUUCAGAUUUUUGCCAAACUAUCUGCUACCUCCCUAUGAGGAAGUGGUGAACCGCCCACCAACGCCUCCUCCACCCUAUGCAGUCUUGCACCAGCAAUGUAUCGCAGCCUGCGAAUGCACACCAGCGCCAGAUUCCGUGCCUAAUCUCACUCCACAUAGCCAGGCCAACUCCCCGGCAGCCUCAGCUAGCGGAAGUGGAACAAGAUCCCCAAGCAUUGUAGAUUGUGAACCUUCCACCACAUGCCUACAGCGAGCAGCACAAAAGGACAGUAGUGUUGACUCGAAUGAUCCUGCUGGUGGAGCAGAGUCGGAGGAGGUGGCUGACCAAGUUGCUUUUCUAGACAAGGACUCCAAAGAACUUUUGAAGCAGUAUAGUUCUGAAAGCCUAGACCAUAGUAGCUUCUAUGACGGCAAGGACAAAACGCCGGGGCGACAUCGAAGGUUCACUGGAGAUUCAGGUAUUGAAGUUUGUGUGUGCAGCAGGGGUCACCAUGAUGACUUCAAAGAACUUGAUGGUUUCAUGGAUGAUGAAGUGGAUGGCUUCUGUGACAGCUGCACUUCCUGCGACGCGCAGCCCCACGAUGAGGAAGAAGGGAUAUUUGCUCAUUCCUUAGGAUCUAGAGAUCUGGAUCAUAACCCUAUGCCCCGUCAGCCUGUAAACUUACUCAACACAAUCAAUGAACAAGACUCUCCCAAUUCUCAUAACAGCAGCAGCUCCCGUGGCUAACUGCCAUCUCCAUCGCAGAAUGGAAACAUCUGAGUGACUUGUGUUCAGCCUGUCUCAUUUCUUUUUCCUUUGUUCUGUUCAUUUAAGAAAACAAAAACUUGGAACUGCUUUACCAAAGCCUGAGGGAGAAGACAAUGUCCCGUUCAGAGUCAGGUGCCCAGUGCUUCAACGAAUGCCUUUUAUUUUUUUUUAACAGGGCUUUGGCAUUGAUGAUUUUGGUGAUGGUUUAUUAAGAGAAUAAACUGAGUCCUGAGCUUUAGGCAGGCAGCAAAAGGACGAAUCGGUUUAAGAAGGCUCUAAUGAGUCUUUGUCUUGGGUUUAGGUAAGCAACAGUUUCUCUCCUGGUGCUCUUAAAUCCCUUAAUAAACAUACUGUGCUAAAGGACAUUUUGACAAUACUUUUGUAUGACGUGACUAGUUGGUGUCCAUGUGACACCUCAAUGCUAGAAAAAGCAUUAAAAUAAAAAGAAGCUUUUUGAAAAAGUAGCUAGCGAAGGGUGCAACUAAGCAUUAUCCACCUCUUCUGGUGGGCGGCCAUGAACAAAUCUGAAACAAGUUCAGUUUACGAACUGAGCUUCCUCGUCCUCUAAGCUAACGGCUUCAUUGGCCUUGUACCUGCCGCCCCCUUUUUGUGACUGAGCUCUUUUUUUUUUUUUUUUAAUUAUUGAGGACAUCAGGGGGCUGUAAGUAACCUAUGUGAAAUGUGCCUAAAAAAAUGGGGACGCACAAGCAUUGUAAUCAUGGGAUCCUUGAGUUAAAUUGAGACAAGUGCAUACAGAUAGACAAGUACAAACUGUGCUGUAGAACAGGACUAUCCAACUGAAGGCAAGUUGGGGCCCUCCAGAGUAGAUAGAGCCAGCAGGCUAGAUAUGGCCCCCAGUCUGCUCAUAGGCUCUAUAGACUGAAGGACAUGAUCAUUUUGAUGUAAUUUGGCCCUCAAACAAUAAUUAUCGGCCCACUACAAGUUGGACAGCGCUGUAGUAGAAUCUAGAUCUACAGCUUCCUGUUUAACUUCAAUUCCCAGCCUCUCCCUACAGUUGGCUUUUAGAUAAUACUGACUGUUCUGGCUGAUGAGAAGGAGUAGUAGAUCCUUGCCUAGAUGUGUUUGACCCCAUAUCCAUCUUUAUGAUAAACCCUGAAUAACGUAUACGAUCCCCUCGUGCUAUUGAAGGAUUAACCUCUUGUUUCUGGCUCUUUUUUUUUCUUUAAUAGAAAGGAGCCAUAUUCUAAAUGUAGCAAAUAAGCUUUCAUUUUUCUGUAUGUAUUCAUUGUUACUAAAGCAACUACUAACCUUUUAGAAUAUUGAUGUAAUUAAAUGCAACAUGCAGCUGGCCUGCUCAUAAAUAGCCUUUUUUCAGAGGUUUUCUGCGCACAGAGAUUUUGCACAGAGAUCACGAGUGAUGGAUCAGGGCUACCCCAUAACCGCAGCUCUCGUAGCCCCGAUCUACUAUGAGAUGUUGUCUCGUGCAGGCUAACACCUCUACAUCCAUUGUCCAAGAUGAUGAGCAGAGAUUUUAAGUUUUCAGCAGUAUUUUUAGUUGUUUUGUUUCAUGUUUUAUUGUUUCAAAAAAAAAAAAAAUCAAUGCAAUCUCUACAAUGACCACUAAAAAUAAGCCCCGUUUUGUGGUCGUACAGUGAUUGUUCCGCCUCUAGAACGCAUGCAGUGUGAGAGUGUAUCCCAUAAUGCAUUUAUCGGUAACACUUUCUCUUGACAAGCCUAGAACAUUCCCGAAAGUAACGAAGAGAAGCUGGGAAUUGUCGGAAGUUAGCGAAGUUUCAGCCAAACCGUUGACCACGUUAUUGAUCAUUGUGACACGUUGGUAUGUCGUCGAUAAAUUGAACUUUAUCAUUAUUUUGGUUUUUUUUUGUGUGUGAGUGUCACACAGAUACAGAUGGAGCUGAUAAUGCUCCAUUUUGGGGAAUUUUUUUUUUUUUUUACUUUAAAUAUUACAAAUGUGCACUUCUGGUAUUUGCGACAAUAUGUAUGUGGCAAACCUGAAUUGACAUCUGGCAGUUUUCUUGCACUGGAUUUUGUCAUUUUUGUUGACUAAUUAAAAAAAAAAAUGUUAUGGUA